AUGUUGGAGAAUCUCCACGCAGCAGCCUACCGUAAUACACUGUGCAACUCGUUCUACUGCCCUGACUUCAUGCUGGGCCAGUUCACCUGUGAACAGCUGCAUGAAUAUGUCAAGAAGCAUUUCUGUGUUGGACAGAUGGCAGUAGUGGGAAUAGGGAUGACUAUCAGCCAGCUGAUAAAGGCAGCCCAGGAACUAUUUGGCAAGAGGACUGGAUAUGGUCAAGCUGGGUCCCAGGCCCUGUACGGUGGAGGUGAGCGCCGCGAGGGCACCAAUGAGCCGCUGGUGCACGCGGCCGUGGUCUGCGAAGGUGAAGCUCUGAGCUCGCCCGAGUCACUGGCGUUUGCCACACUGCAGCAGGUGCUGGGGGUGGGGUCCCAUAUCAAGAGAGGAAGCGACAUGACCAGCACAUUAACCCGGGCCAUCAGCAAGGGCACAGCCCAGCCCUUCACUUUUGACCUUGACCAGUUCGGUGUUGACCAGUUGGACCUUGACCAUUCGGACCUUGACCAGUCUGUCCUUGACCAGUCGGACCUUGACCAGUUCGGUGUUGACCAGUAG